AUGGCCUCACUGUGCCCUUUGCUCCAACCUGUUACAGACUGGAAUGCUGAUCACUUCUUCAACGACGUUGCCAGGAGUGAUGAAGGAAAGCACCUACUCCAGGAUGUGGAACUGAAUUGUGAAGAAGCAGAAAUUGGGACCUUAAAACGCCUUCAGAUGCUGGUCCGAGGUAGGAAGAGCCACAAUGCUGAAGACGCAAAGAAAAUUGCUUCUCCUCAUGCUGCCGGUCAGGAUUUGGAAGACCGCACUCCUGUUGGGAGCCUACAACAGCCGCAAUCAAAGUUUCAACCAAAGAGCAUCUGUUCGGAGAAUCGGUACAACCAAAGUGAGCUGGACCCCGGUUGGGACUUCUCAUAUCCUUGGCCCCGUAGGGCCCACACCCUUGGGUGGUACCAAAUGCCAGACGUCCUCUCCCCAUGGGAUCUAAAGCAACAUACCUGUUGGAGAAGGCUGCAGGAUUCGGUGGGCCCACGAUGGAGUGCCACUCUGCCAAGGGAGCGGGUCUGGUCUCCUCUCUGCUGUCCGCAUGCCUGUCAUUGCCAAGCGUUUCCCAGCUCCUUCACAGACACCAAUCUGUCAGACCCACUGAUCUCAGGUCCCUGGGCACACAGCCAACGAUGUUCCAGCUCCCACAACACACCGAUCCAGGACACCGAGAUUCUAGGCCUCCAAAGCCGAGCUGAACUCUUAGGCCGAGCCCCUGCCGUGCCGAACGACGGCCGGUUGUAUUACUGCAAAGAACCGUAG